GGUGGGCACGUAAAAUACUAUACGUAUAAUACAUAGUUUUAUACAUGUAUACUACUUGGUAGAUUACUUUCUGAGUUUUCUACAUGACGUAUUUUACGUCGAGUCUUUAGGCGCCACCUGUGAACUUAUAAUAAACUUUUAAGAUUGUGAAUCGUAAACAAAUAAUAAAUGAAUUAGUUUCAACUAAGCUUCUUCACCUUUCAUUUAUUAUAAAAAUCAUUUAUUAAUUUGUGUUGAACAUCAAAUUUCAAUACCAAAGUAAAGUUACAUAAAAAAAAAUGCAACGAGGUGGUCGUCCAAAACAUAAUUUUUGGGAAGAAGGAGGAUUUAAAAGUAUUCGCCAAAACGGCAAACAAGUUGCGUCAUGUUUACGGUGUAACAAAAUUAUAAACAACACUGCUGAACAGCGAUUAAAAAGUCACAGAAAAACGUGUAUAUGGGAAGUUGAGAAUUCUAAUAUUGAUGACAGCAGCGAUGGUUCCGUAGUUCGACAUUUAUCAUUAAAACGUAAAAAUCGAUCUGGAAGUUAUGAAGAGAAUAAUAAUUGUACUACUACUUGUAAUAGUACUACUACUAAUACUGAUGGAGUCAUCACAUUAUCAACCGUCAAAUUGAAGAAGAAUACGCCUAAAAUAAAUUCUUUUAUAGAUAAAAUAAGCGAGACUGAGCAUUCAAAAUUAGACGAAGCUUUAAGUUACUUCUUUUUUAGUAAAAAUUUACCACUUGAUCUAGUUGAGGAUGAAUAUUUUAUUAAAUUUUGUAAAACAUUGCGAUCAGCUUACCAAAUACCUAGUCAAACUGAGUUAUCAACAUGUUUACUUGAUAAUGCUCAUAACAAAUUUAUUAAUAAUCAAGUAAACAUGAGUGAGAAACAAGGAAUAUUAUUGUUUUGUAAAAAUAUCGAUUGCACAACAUUUUUAGAGAUAAUUGGUAUAAUAAAAGCUGGAAGCAACACAUUGUUUAUUAAAUCAUGGAGCUUUAAAGAUGAAAAGGAUUAUUCAGAUAACUAUUUUAAAAUGGUUGAGGAAUCAAAUGUGAUUAUACUUAAAAAAUAUGAUUUAUCAAUUUAUAGUGUCGUAUUCUUUGUUAAUAUUUUAACAAUUGAUAAUACUCGUGAUUCUACUUUAACAGUAACACCUACUUGUAAGUCUACUGUUAAAUGGCAUUUGACAUGCCAUUUAGAAACUGUGGACACGUUGACUACAUCAAUCCAGGACGAUGUAUUGGACAUUAAAGUGAAUCGUUUGUUAAAUAAAUUGAAGGAUACAAAUGUUGAAAGUGAAAUAGUGAAAAGAAACGGAGAUAAAAAAUCUCAACUCAAAGAAGAUGUUUUUGAGCAUUCCUAUUAUUCUAAAUUAUUGAUAUGUUUAAAAAAUUUACCAGUCAUACGUCAAAUUGUAGGUGAUGUGCUGGAGAAAUUUGAUCAAGAUCUGGUUAUGACUAUAUUUGAUAGAUCAUUCAAAAAUAAUUUGAAAGAAUCAAUUUUUAUUUUUGAAUUUCUUUCAAAAUUUAAAUCUGACAGCAAUAAAAAAAAUUUUUCUAUCGCUGACUCUACUGAAGAAUGGUUUAAAUUGAAAACAUUGAUAAAAAAUAAUGAAUAUACUGGAAUAAUUGAUUAUGUAUUGAAAAAAGUAAUUACGCCACAAGCGUUAACGGCUAAUUUUCUGCAUCCAUCCUACAAGGGUCAUGUUUUCAUGAAAAUUAAUUAAUACAGUCACAUGGUUUAUGAAUUUCUAAUUGAUGAAUUGGACUGUGAAGGAUUACAAGAAUUAGAACUUUAUAAAAAUUCACGAGGUUUAUUUGCCAAACUAUUUGUCAAAACGAUAUCUCCGGAAAUUUUUUGGAGCAUAGCUUCAGAAGAAUUUACAAAGAUUAGCAUUUUAGCUGAAUCUUUAUUAAAGAUACUAGCGUGUACUUUUCAAUUUAACCAAAGUGAUUUAGGUAAAAACUUGCCGAAUGAAUUAUUGCCAAAAUUCAUCGAUGUAUUUUAUAGUUUAAAGUUUAUGAACAUCAAUUAACACUAUUAUCUAAUAUAGAUGU